AUGUAAUAUUUUACAAAUUUCUUGCUCUUAUUAACUUUAUCUUAGACUUAGAAGUUAGUCGAGAUUGUUCAAUAAGCCAAUAAAAUAAAGCAAAAAGUUAAGAAACUUAUUUUCACAUGUGAUUCUUAGAAGAGUGGGUAUGUUGCAACCUCUGCUUUUCUGCAAAUACUAGAGUUACAGAACAUCAAGCUUAGUCAGAGUGACAUAACCCACAUAAAGAAUCAAUACGAGAAAAGAGGUGGAUUUAUAAACUACAAAGAAGUGCUUAAAUAUAUCUAAGUGAAUAAGGAUAUAUUAGAUCCUUUCAAUUCGGAGUGGCUUGUGACUAAAUCAAACAAUGGAUAAAAACAUUAAGCAAAGGGAGGAAACUUUAAUGAUCUAAGAUCACAAAUUUCAUCAAGAUCAUCAAACUAUAGUUCUUUAUCAAUAGAUAUCAGAAUUAAAGAGAAAGCCCAAGGAAUUCUGAAUAAAGAGAGCUUUCUAUCGAAGUCAUUCGUAAUUGAGCCGAUUCUAGAAGAAAACGAGACAUCAGAUGCUAUCAAGUUAGGAGAUGAUUUUGAGAUUUUCAAUUAAAGGCAAAAGACAUUUGAUGCUACUCUUUAACAAGGAAAAUAAUAAGACUUACCUUUGAACUAGAAUAACUCUGAUCACAUAUUAAAUGAGAGACUUAGGAAAAAGCAAUUUAUUGUACCAAAGCCAGACUAAAGAAUAAUAGAUUUAUAAUAAAAACGUGGCGAGGAAACUGAAAAUGGUCUAAUAACUCCUUUACAGCCGUUAUAACCUCCGAGGAAGGAGGGUAAGAAGAUCAACAUGUCUCCUGAAAAGUAUAAAUACAACGAUUUUAUUUCUCAUGAUCAUGAAAACAAUAAAGAUAGAUAAGAGAGGCGAUAUGUUACAGAAUACCCCAAUUACAAUGGGAGUGAAGAUAAUUUUAAUACUACUACUAAUAUAAAAGAGGAUAGAAAUAUGGAGUAAAAUCAUAAAAACAAAGUAUCUCCUGAAUAUCUGAGAAAGAUGCUAGAUACUGGAGAAAUAUCUGAAAGAAAGCAUUAGAUAUUGAAAAAGCUGUAUGAAGAUAAGGUUGAUUUCAGAACAUUAAAUUAGUUAAGAGACAAAUUAUUUGAAUCACCUCUUCAGGAAAAGGACAAGCUACCUAUUGAUGAGUAUUUAAAAAUAAAGCAGUCAUGCGUUUCUGAUCUAUUGAUAGAUAUAGAAGAUUAAAUACUGGACGAGAUAAAAGUAGGAUUAAAUAACUGUUUAAUUAAAGUAUAGAAUGAUGAUAAGAACACUAUUAGUUUGGUGAAAUUUUCAGAACUGAUUGAUUUUUAUACUUAUCACCCAGUUAGACCGAGGAAAGAUAAAAAUUAAUCAAAUGAGCUUUACUUUAUAAUGAACUCAAACUAGAGAGGAGGUCAUUCUUAGUUAGUAAACUAUCAAGAUAAAGAAGUCAAGUCACUAAUUAAGUCACAAAAUUUUUCAUUCCGAGCUGGAGAACAAUUAGAUCAAAAGCUCUUAUAACUAAUGGAUUUAGUAGGCGCAAAACUUAUGGAGAAAUUUACAUCUCUUGCACAAGCUUUUAGGUACUUUGAUGGAAACUUAAAUCAAUCUAUAAAUUAUCAUGAGUUUUAUAACGCCUUAGAUCAUCUUGGAAUUAAAAUUUCAGCUGAUGAUUCUAAGAAGAUCUUUAAUUACCUAGAUACUGAUUAAAAUAAUGCAGUAAGCUAUAAUGAGUUCUGCGAGCUUAGUGAAGAAAAAAGAAGAGGAAUUGAUCCCUUUAGAAGUUAAGCUCAGAAGAAGAAUAAUAAUCUGCUUAGUAGGAAUCUUGAUUAGAUAAAGGAAAUAUCUGAGGUCUCAAACUUCCAGCCCAAAAAUAUCUAUCUCUCUAACAUCAAUGUGGAUGAUCUAGAACAGCUUUCUAAAUUUCAAUCACUCUCAACCAUUAGAAAGAGAAAAUAAUUAUAAUUAAAUGGGCAGCUUCCAAAAUCUACCUCUUCAUUGUCAAACUAUUAAACUUAUCAUUAGACUUAAGCUUAUGGCAAGAAAUCUUUAAUAGAAGAGUCAAACAUCGGAGAUGUGAUUAAUUAGAAUUAUUUGAAAGACUAUCUUGAACAAAAGAUUUCAAGGCAUGCUUUCAUAGAUACAUUAAAUAAAAGUAAAGUUUCAAAAUCUAUUCAUAAUAAGUCAAGUGACCUCAGGUCUAAGUCAGUUGCGAAAAACCUUAAACUAGAAGAAAUUGAAAAGCAUAUAGAGGAGAUGAAGCUUGCAAAGAGCAAUAGAAACAAUAUAAGUUUUGUUGAAAUUUAGAAAAAUCAUCAUAAAAUGAGAAAAGAUAUCAACCUCCCACCAAUCAAGUAAAAUUUAAAUGCUUCGAUGAUAGAUCAGAGUUAAUAUCAAACAAGAAAUUUGAUAUAACAACUGCAGAAAAACAAUUAAGAAUCUAAUAGGAGCUUGGAAUAAGGAUCACCAAUAACAAAGAGGUUAGAUUCAGACAAUAAUAGCAAAUUCUAGAAGAGAUCCUAAAUUGAGGUUUUGGACUUGAUUCAUAAAAUGAGAAUGCAAAUGAUGGAGCAAAAGGAUGUAAGAGGAUUUUCAGAGAAGCCAACAAACAUGACGAAAAGAGAAAAGGAAGAGAUAAUAAGUAACUACUACAAUGCCAAGAAAAUGCUUAGUAAUAUAAAUUCUACUGGGAACAACAAUUGA